UCUGCGUUUCGGGCGGGCUGACACAGAGAGCUCUGUGUCCGCAGACGGCUGCGCUCCUCGGGGAAGCCGGGCUGCUCCGCACAAUGCAGCCAUUGCUGCCGGGAGAGCAGGUGGGGAGGAAACGGGGCAGCACGGACCCACAAAGAGUCCGGGGGAGAAGGGCUGGGCGGGGAGGAACCCCGCGAGCGGGGCCUGCUCCCCGGCAGGAGGAACAGCUGGCUGUUUGGCAGCUGCGCCCGGCAGCAAAGCCAGCGGCAGUUCUGGCUAAUUGCUUUAUAAAAUGAGUCAUUUCGACAAGGGGCCCCGCGGAGCCCCGCUCCCGGUCGCUGCAGCCGAAGGAGACUUAGCCGGGCGCUCGUGAGAACGGGGAGGGGAAGAAAAACAACCCCGCGGCAGGCGUGUUAUCGCUCUUGGCUUCCGCGCCUCGGCGAGCGCCCUGGAAGUCGCCAAGCCGCAGGACUUCCACUAAAGCUGCAGGGAUUUGCCGCGAGACGUCUCCCUCCUCAGCGUCAGCACGCGGCCCCCGGGGGCAGCCCAGCUUUGCAACCAGAGCGCGUGGCCGCGGAGAUCCGGCCCGACGGCUCCGUUUGGGCAGAGGCCGCGCGACGGAGCCUGCCCUCUGCCCGGGUGUGCGGCAGGCGGCAGGGCCCCCGCUCCUCCGGUGCAGGGCGCAAGGCCCGCGGCGAGCUGCUUUACCGGAGGCCUCACGUCCCCGUUACCAGCAUGUCCACAGAUGGCGGCUUCGGUACAGCUGGCAACAGCGAUGCCCAGCAAAGCCUCCAGUCCUUCUGGCCACGGGUCAUGGAGGAGAUCCGCAACCUCACAGUGAAAGACUUCAGAGUUCAAGAACUGCCCCUGGCUCGUAUUAAGAAGAUAAUGAAACUAGAUGAAGAUGUGAAGAUGAUCAGCGCUGAAGCUCCCGUGUUGUUCGCCAAGGCAGCUCAGAUAUUCAUAACAGAAUUGACUUUGCGAGCGUGGAUACACACAGAGGACAACAAACGCAGGACUCUGCAGAGGAAUGACAUUGCCAUGGCAAUUACAAAGUUUGAUCAAUUUGACUUUCUCAUCGAUAUCGUUCCAAGAGAUGAGCUGAAGCCUCCAAAGCGGCAGGAGGAGGUGCGUCAGGCUGUGACCCCAGCCGAGCCCGUACAGUAUUAUUUCACGCUCGCCCAGCAGCCUGCUGCAGUGCAGGUUCAGGGGCAGCAGCAAGGGCAGCAGACCACGACGUCCACGACCACCAUCCAGCCCGGGCAGAUCAUCAUCGCCCAGCCGCAGCAAGGGCAGACCACCCCUGUGACGAUGCAGGUGGGAGAAGGCCAGCAGGUGCAGAUCGUGCAGGCCCAGCCGCAAGGACAGACCCAGCAGGCGCAGAGCGGGACCGGGCAGACCAUGCAAGUCAUGCAGCAGAUCAUCACCAACACAGGAGAGAUCCAGCAGAUCCCGGUUCAGUUGAAUGCUGGCCAGCUGCAGUAUAUCCGCUUAGCCCAACCUGUGUCAGGCACCCAGGUAGUCCAGGGGCAGAUCCAGACGCUUGCAACCAAUGCACAGCAGAUAACGCAGACAGAGGUCCAGCAAGGACAGCAGCAGUUCAGCCAGUUCACAGAUGGACAGCAGCUUUAUCAGAUCCAGCAAGUGACCAUGCCUGCAGGCCAGGACAUCACCCAGCCCAUGUUCAUUCAGUCCACCAACCAAACCUCAGAUGGCCAGGCCACGCAAGUGACAGGGGACUGAGCGGACGUCGUGUCUCUGUGUGGAAACGAACACGUUACCAGCCCGACGUUCGCCGUACCAACCUGGUCUGAUGAAUCCAUCUGCUUCUCUGUAUCCAUGCUCAAUAUUCAGCCUAUAGUAGGCUGCGGUCUCUGGUGCACUAUACACCUUCCUCUGGUGGGUAUGAGAGAAUAUCCAGCAGACACUGACAAGAAUGCAAUAUUUGUAUUUUUAUUUUUAGAAGUCAAUAUUUCAGUGUAUUCAGCUGCUUGUUCAACCCCCUGGAAACUGAAGAGAACUAAUCGAAAGGAAUUUGUAGCAUCUCAUUGAGCGAUGUGUAAAACGUUUUUAUCUAGUGAAAUUAUUAAAGGGUACCGCAUCUGGUUUGUUGUAAGAGCUUUAUUCCUGGUAUUCUGUUUGUAUUUUUCUCCGAAUAGAGCUAGAUUCAGUCCUACCAUCUCAGUGGUCCAUUAGGGGCGUGGGGGGGGAGUGUGUAUGUGUGUUAGAUUUUCCUCUCCUGCCUCCUUUUUUGGUAAGCCGGAGCAUUGAGUAUAUGCAGCUAGGGGGCAGGGAGUAGGGGAAGAGUAAUUAAAGUGAAAACAAAAACAUUCCUUGUAUUAUGACUGUAUUUUCUAAGGGCAAACGAUUCUUUAAUUUGGCCUGGUUUAUUCCAGAAACACUAAUGGAAGCCUGGACAAACCCCAGCCCUGCUGUUAACUGUUGUACUAGCUUCAGUCAAUGCAUGUAAUAUAAGCUUCAUAAAACAAAAUAAAUUUCCUUUGUAAGAUAA